CAAGAAGCUGAUCAGACCAGAUGAAGAUGGAGCUCGUCGGGGUUAACUGGGUUCUUGCAGCUGCAGGUUUUUUUCUGUGGACCGGUGUUGGGUCUGCUGCUCCCAUGGUGUGCCACUACAACUCCAGAGCACUGUGUGAAUUCCAGGGGAGGAACUACUCGCUGGGUGAAAGCUGGAUGGACAACGCCUGCAUGCAGUGCACCUGUCUGCACCCUGUGGGAGUGGGCUGCUGCGAGACGGUCCAUCGGCCGGUGGAUUUCCCUGCGUGGUGUGAGGUGCGUGUGGAGCAAGUGACCUGCAAAGUGUUCUUGGUCCAGACAGCCGACCCCCGCCUGCCCUGCUCCCCCGGUGAGGGCAUGAAGGACCCCAGCCACGGCUCGUUUGAUCUGAAGCAGCAGCAGCUCGACUGGUAGAAAACAUCUCCGACCGCCGCUAUCCGUUCAACCUGUGUGCCAGUGAAACCAUUACUCACUAGGGUUAAAUACCAGUAACCACUUUAUACACAUACCAUAUCGAUAUAAGACUUAACAGCAUCUGUUCUUUUCUGGAUUGUAUUAUAAAUGAAGGGAAUGUGAGAAUCUGAAAAUAUGUUUUUGGCACUGAGCAUUGAAUGUUAACAGCUUGGUAAAAAAUGUAAGCAUCGAUAUUCAGAUGAAUCUUUAUUUUCAGUAUAUUUUUCUGCUAUUAAUCCAACAAUGACUCAUUGUAAAUAUAUGCGUACAUUAAUAUAUAUAACUAUUCCUGUUGACCUGUUCUCUGCUGUAACUCAUUUACCCUCCUAAUAAAACUCUUGUUUUUACAAAGAAUUUUGUGCAGAAAAACAAUGACUUCCUUGCACAUCAUCUAUCAAAUUCAAAAUCACACUUUUAAUAUUUUUUUCUCGUAGUAUUUACAUUUCAAUGCAGCCUUUGCACAAGCUGAAAGAAAUACAGGAAUACAGUAAAAACAUUUGGAUUAAGAAACAGCUGUUUCCUAACAUGACAAAGAGCUGGUGUGUGAGUGAGUAAAGGGAUCGAAAAAUAAAAUAAAUACAGGAAUACACCGCAACCACGAACAACCAGUGGCAUGUCAUUAGGUCCAAAAAUAAAAAUGUCCUCAUGGUUAAGAUGCACUGAAAAAAUGCAUAAGAAACAAGGCAAAACAUAGGCUGCAUAAUAUACAUAUGGAAUCCAUCCCUGACCCUGCUUAAACAUGGAAUCAACAAAAACAUAAUGCUUCUGAAAUGUGCACCUCGGUGCUAACAGUGUCACACACACACACACACACACACACACACACACACACACACACACACACACACACACACACACACACACAC